CCUCUUCCAAUCUUAGUAUGGUUCUAUACUCUUGCCAAACAACUAUUUGGAAAACUUAACUUCCAAAUUGCAGAACUAACAAGGUAUGGUCCCCGAAUUGGAAUUGCCGUGUCAAUGAUUUUUGGAAUUCUAUGCUCAAUCACAGCUGCAAAAGUGGAGACACGAAGGCUGGGUGUGGUUAAGAGCCACGGUCUAAUCGACAAGCCUGAGGAAACGGUUCCCAUGAGCAUGUUUUGGUUGCUUCCACAGUUUCUUCUCCUUGGAGGCCUUGAAGGGAUUGCAGAAAGUAGCAUUGAUUCGUUCUUAGUUAAGCAAGUCCCUCCAUCCAUUGAUCAGUGCAUGGUUCGGUUUUGUGUUGCUUUUUUGGGAAUGGGGAGUAUAGGCGGUGUCUUGUCUGUUUAUGUAGUGGGUGAGAUAAGUGGACAGGGAGGGAAACCCAGUUGGUUCCAAGACACCCUAAACAAGAGUCGCUUGGAUCAUUAUUACUGGACCUUGGCUGCAUUGUCCGCAGUUAAUCUUGUUCUCUAUGUUUUGGUGAGCUUUUGGUAUGCUUACAAGGAUUCCAGGUCGGAGGAUGAUGAAACUGCUGAGCCAUUUGAUGAGGAUCAUGUGCAACUCAUUUGAUAAUGACAAUGUGCAACUCUGCCACGCAUAAUUUUGUAUCUACGAUUUCUAUAACAUGUCUCUUAUAUCUUUUCUUGGACGAGAUUAUGUGAUUACAUUUCCACAGCUGUGAUGAGUAAAUAGUUGUAAAGAUUUGUAUUGAAAGGUGAUGUCGAAUAAAUGUGAUACAGAGUACUUGCCACUUAAAGAUCUGUGAUGUCUUUAACGACAGCUCAAUUCUCAUAUGGAUGGAGUGGAUAAGUAAUUUUCAACUUGAAGGAUGAAGUUAUAUUUUGUUUUCUAAAUAAAGUAAGCUGGUAGAGCAGAAUGUCAACUUCUGGAGUUUAGACAUCGUACGCGGAGGUCACAUGACGCAUUCUUCAAACUUAUCACUUCUUUCAAAAUUCUCAGAAACAAGUGUGUAUUUCGAAAUACUGGUUUCGUACGUAGGAAAAACUCUGUUAGGCUGCUGUUCUUCCCAAAAGUUACUGUACUUGGAAAUGUUAUCAUCUGUACUGAAGACAAUUUUAACCCGUGACUAGGUUAACCUAGUCAUCUGCGCUUGGAAAUGUUAUCAUCUGUAGUCCA